GUCGGCGCUGGUCUCUGUUAUUGGAAGGUUGUUAGAGCCAGCUGCUUGGGUCUAUCGCCAGUGUGCCUUAGGUCUCAUUACUGAAUUUAGAAAAGAAGGUUUUAUACAUUGUUGGUGUAAAAUUACAGUUAUCAUUGAUACGUGAGGGAAGAAACUACAUAGGCCUACGUGUUUCACCCAAGAUUUACCGAGGGGUAGGAGAAUCCAACAUCCAGAGAAGGUCUGGAGCGAUUAUGAAAUUACCCAGGGCUGUGGAUAGCUAACUUCUCCAAGCAGCCAUAGGAUCAAACUUCUGACCUGGAAGAACAACUCCGCCAAGAGCUUCAUUUAUGUUUCCCAUGAACUCAGAGGCUCUCUCUUGAGGACCGGCACUGGCACUCUGUAGUGUGAAAUCUUUACCCUCAGGUCACCUUCACAAACGGUGCGAUGUCUCUGGAGAUAAUCGUCGUGAGCGCAUCCAGUCUGCAGAAUCUCGAAACUUUAGGGAAGAGUGAUCCGUAUGUGACCAUCAAUUUCCAAGGUGAGAAAAAGAAGACCACUGUCAAAGAUGGAACCCUGGAUCCAGUCUGGGAUGAGACGCUCAGAUGGGAACUGGGAACCAAACCACCUCGAUCUGAUGGAUGCAUCGACAUCGAAGUCAAGGAUUACGAGAGAAUAGGAAGGAACAGACUACUAGGGAAAGCUACCAUAGCCUUGAGGAACAUAGUACUAGCAGCCCCUGGAACACCCUUAGAUUAUGAGCUUGGUCUUUUGGGUGCUGAUGAUUCACCGACUGUUGGCACCUUGCGGUUAACUCUGUCUUAUGUACCGCCUGCAGGAGUAGCUACAGCUGGAAGUGGUGGAAGUGUUGGUGCACUAGCAGCCAGGUCGGCAGCAGUCUCCUCUGAUUUGGCAGAUGGUAGGGAGAAUGGUGUUGCGAUGCAUGAGCCCUCUUCAUCUACUGGUGACAAGAUUAGUGUCAAGAAAAAAGAUAAACUAAAAGCCGGAAUCAAGGGUCUUACUGGAUGUGUUCCUAUAGGCUCAAAUAAAUCAAGUAUAAGUGCAGCACCUGAUACAAGUGCAGAAAGUAUGCCAAAAGGCGGGAUGCCACAAAUGGCUGCUCCAAACUCACGCAACAGGGAUGCACUUUCCAGUGCCAAAACCAAAUUCAGCACUAUGAUCCGAGUCAGGGUUGUGGAGGGGAGGCAGCUUCUUGGGGCAAACAUGAAUCCAAUUUGUAGAAUAAAAUUUGAUGGAGAAACAAAGCAGACCAGGAUUCAUAAAGGCACCACAAGCCCCUGGUUUGAUGAAAUUUUCUUCUUCCAAGUAGAAAAGUUACCCCAUGAAGUUUUAGAGGAUUUCUUGGAACUUCAGGUCUGCAAUUCCAGUGGGAUCAGAUCAUGUACUUUGAUUGGCUCCUUUAAGUGUGAGCUUGGGAUGGUUUACGAUCAACCUGAGUUCGCAUUUGUAAAUCGAUGGCUAGUAUUAGCUAAUCCCGAUGAGCCCACUCCUACAGUUCAAGGAUACUUGAAAGCAAGUGUUGCUGUGCUAGGUCCUGGUAAUGUCUGCCCAGAUCUCAGUGCUGGUAAAAGUGAUCAAGAUGAUGUAGAAGCUAAUUUGUUGUGGUCAGCAGGGGUUCACUUACAGCCAGCAACAUUUGUACUUUCUAUAUAUUGUGCACAAAAUCUUCCCAGAAUGGAUGCAGGUACGCUUCAGUCCCUCAAGGAAAUGUUAGGAGUUGGGAAAGCCUCUAAAGAACUGGUAGAUCCAUAUGCAAUUGUCAGUUAUGCUGGUAAGGAAGUGCAGACAAAGGUUCUUUACACCAAUGAGAAUCCAGAGUUUCGUCAAAACUUGCACAUUGGAUUUCUCUUUCCUUCUAUGUGUAAUGUCAUCAAGUUAACUUUAAUGGAUUGGGAUCGUGUUGGUCAGGAUGAUGUUAUUGGCACUGCAACCAUACCUGUAUCAGCCAUUUCAGCUCCGGGGGACGAUGGCUUUCUCCCAACCUUUGGACCAACUUGGGUGAAUUUGUAUGGGGCUAGGCGUGAGUGGGAAUUAUUGGAUGGAGAAAGUGCUGAAAAAAUGAAUGUAGGUGCUGAUCGUGGCUGCGCUUACAGAGGCCGUGUUCUGUGUGCAUUACACACACAAGUUGGGUCUUAUCCACCUGCUCCUGCCACUGCUAUUGAAAAUGAUGCAUUCGACGGUGUCCGUAGGUUUAGGAGCACUCGGCGCUUUGCGUUGAUAUGCCAGUUAACUGGGACUUGGUUACUGGAAAACACUGGUAGACCCCUUGAAAUAGAGGUCUCAGUAGGAAACUUUGGAAACAAGCUUGAAAAUACCAUGUUGCCUUCACCAUCAUCUACACACCCAGCUAAUGCAGUUUUUGAUGGAUGCAAAUACUACUUCUUACCUUGGGAUGAAGCUUCACCUUUUGUGACGGUUAACUGUGAAUAUGAAGAUGUUACUCAUAGACUUCAUGCUGUCAAUCACAUCACUUCAAUAAUUGAUAGAUUGAAAAAGGAUAUACAAGAUUUAAAAUCCACAUUGCGUGCUUGUCGUACCAGUGAAGGUGAUCAAGAAGUAACAAAUAUGUUGCAGACCAUUAUUAGUAGGCUAGUGGCCAAAUGCAGUUUGAAACUACCUGAAGUUGAUCCUGUGAGACAUAUUGAAACAUCAUUAGAUAAGCACCUGCGUGACCGUCGCAGAUCAGAAUUGGAUAAUUUGAAAAAUACAGCACAGGCCAUUGAUACUUCCAACAUUACUCAAGCUAUGGAGGAGCUGGAGUUCAUAGUUUCAUCACUGGAAAGCUUAGCACAAGCGCCCCAGAAUGGUAUCCCAGAUGUAUUUUUGUGGUUAAUGAGUGGAACAAGACGAUUAGCUUUCAUACGCAUACCAGCCCACUUGGUUUUGUUUGCCCAUGAGCCAACAUCUCGAGGUGCUCUUGCUGGCAAGUUCCACACAUACACAUUAGAAUACCCAGAUGACAAGAACAGAUGGAGUAUAGGCGGUGUAGUUAGAGCCUCUGUGUGGUUUGGUAGAGAAGAAGAUAUCAGAAAUUGGUGGGAUGCUCGUCCAGAUGUUCAACUCACUGUUUAUGCAGAAACUUAUGAAAAUCAGGUGAUUUCAGUGCCGGGUAGUGGAAAAUGGACAGAUAAAGGACUGCUUAUGACAAGACCACCAUUCUCUGAUGCUGAUGGACGUUUUACUUUGUCUCGUGAAGCUUUCUUUGAGCCAGAUGGUUGGGCUUUCCAAGGUGACUGGUUUGUUGAUCCUGAUCCUAGUGUUAGGUUUGCUGCUGAUGCCGGUAGGCAGUUAUUCACUGAAGAAGUUUUUGAGCAGCAAGUGCGAAUUCCAGGUGGAACUUGGAUCCAUGCUCCUAAUAAUUGGGUUGAUGUUAGAGGAGACCCAGCAACUCAGAGAGAUAAAAUAGCUUUAGCCGAAGGCUGGUCAUGGCGUGAUGUUUGGUCGUAUGAUCUUCAGCGUGCAGUUGAUGGUGAAGGGUGGGAAUAUACAGUGGAAGCUGGUAUCAUGGGUUGGUCUCCACAAGAGAAGAUCUUCCAUGUCUGUCGACGCCGUAGGUGGAUGCGUGACCGUUACCUCACUCACAAAGUAGAAAAACAUAUGAGCCUCCCGAUCGAUGGAUGGGAGUACGCCCCUCUCUUCAGACUACAGUUUCAUGCUUUGGAACGCAAAAUUGACAUGGUUCGCAGACGACGCUGGAGACGACGAUUGGUGCCCACACAACAGGGUUUGCCACCAACUCCAAGACUUGCAGUGAAAGCUGGAACAGGGGAGGAGGAGUUCACACAGCUGACUUGUCCUCGUAUGUAUAUAGUGAGUGCAGAACGUCAUGAGUAUCAGUUAAGAGCUCACAUCUACCAAGCUCGAGAUCUUCCUGCUGGUGACAAAACUGGCCUUUCAGAUCCUUAUGCAGUAGUUUGUUUUUGCAACAGCACACAACAAACUGACAAAAGGUCUGCAACACUUUGUCCUACUUGGGAUGAAACCCUCAUCUUUGAUGAUGUUAAGCUCUCUGGUUCUGUUGGUACAACAGAGACACAGCCACCUGAUAUAGUAAUCGAGAUAUUUGACUGGGAUGCUCGGGGUGCACCAGAAUUCCUAGGUAGAGUUUUUUGUCGUCCAACAGUUCUCAACACAUCUGAGGGAUAUGAUCCUUGCCCCUUGCAGUGGUAUCCACUUGCCCGGGGAAAUGAAAAACAAGGAGAACUCCUGGCUUCAUUCGAAUUGCUUCUGAAAGAUGUUGGUGAACUUCCCAUCUUGCCUCCUGUACGAGGGGAUUUCUAUAUGGUGCCUUUUGGUGUCAGACCCUUAUUACAGCGAACAAGGAUUGAGGUUUUAUGUUGGGGUGUGAGGAAUAUGGCGACUUAUGAGCUCCAGUCUGUAACGAGACCAUCCAUUGAGUUUGAAUGUGGUGGUGAAACUGUUCUGUCACCAGUGAUGGCCAAUCUUCGAGUUAACCCCAAUUUUGACAAGCCUCACCUAGUUUUUGAUGUUGAACUCCCAAAAGAAGAACUGUAUUUGCCGCCCUUGACACUUAGAGUAUUUGACCAUAGAGCCUUUGGCAGCAAGCCUCUUGUAGCUACUGCAGUUGUAGCUGAUCUUCAUCAGUAUGCAACAGAGCCCAAGGCUUCCAGGAAGAAACGAAAGGGCAAGAAAGUCCCACCAGUUACAAGGGACCAUAUGUUGGUUACUGCCAUAUCUUCAUUGGAGGCGAAGCCAGGUAAAGGAAAGGCGUCACAUUCCCUUACCAGACCCACCCUCAGCCACGAACAAGCAAGCAGAGAGCCAGGAACAUUGGAUACUGAUGUAGACUGGUGGGCCAAGUUUUAUGCCUCGUCUGGGCAAGCAGAACGGUCGGGUUCUUAUCUUGCUAAAGGAUAUGAAAAAUUAGCUGUAUUAAGCGGAGCAUUAGAAGAUGAACCAAAGUACAAUGGCUUCCGGGAUUUAGUGGAUACUGUACCUCUGUAUCGAGGACGUGGAGAGCAGGCGCAAUUUUCUGGCGAAUUCAAGGGAACAUUUAGAAUAUACCCACUGAAUGCAGAAGACAAUGAGGAGCCACCGUUCGUUCUUGAUGGCUUCCCAUCCCCUGACCCACAAGAGUUAUUGGCUAGAGUAUAUAUUGUAAUGGGGCGUGAUCUGGCUCCAAAAGAUGCUGGUGGGUCAUCUGACCCUUAUGUAACAGUAAGCUUCGGCAAAACAAAAAAGACAUCAAAGGAGGACUAUAGACCAAAUACCUUAAACCCUAUAUUUGGACAUGUAUUCGAAGUGAGCGGCUUGCUUCCUUUAUACAAAGAUUUGAAAAUUCAAGUGUAUGAUAGAGAUCUUAUGUCUUCUGAUGACCUUAUUGGAGAAACUGUUAUUGAUUUGGAAAACAGAUAUUUAAGUAGACAUCGAGCUACACUUGGUCUUCCUCGCCAGUACCAUGUGAGUGGAGUAAAUGCCUGGAGAGAUAUUGAUCUUCCAACCGAAAUACUUCUUCAUGCUGCCCGAACAAGAAAUCUUGAAGGUCCAGUGUGGCACUCUGACCCUCUCAGUCUCACACUUGGUGGUAUAAAUUACUCGCUGACUGACUUUGGUAUGUACCUUACGUCUAGUGCAUACAAAGUUUUCCCAUCAUACUGCGCUACCGUGAAUGACGUCACUCGGAAACCCUCUGCGUCGAUUAAUCCCCGCCAAACUCCUGAAGAAAACGUUCUCACACGGUUCCUAAGCAUUGGGGAGGCCGAUGUUAAGGCUCAGCUCGACGAAGAUGUCAAAUUAGGAGUAAUUAGGGAGGUCCCUGCUGGUACAGCUACGGACUGGUGUGCGAGGAUGGUAGUAGUAGCAAAGAAAAAUGGUAAACCACGGAGGACCGUGGACUAUCAAGAGCUGAAUAAGAAUUGCAAACGAGAAACGCAUCACACAUGUGCUCCUUUUGACAUGGUCUCGGGUGUGCCACUUCGUACAUAUAAGACUGUAGUUGAUGCCUAUGCCGGAUUCCACCAGGUGCCAUUAGAUGAGGAGAGCCGACAGUUGACAACGUUUAUUACACCAUGGGGGAGAUACCAGUAUUGUCGAACACCUAUGGAUAAUGGUAUUACGCUGAAUCCGGAUAAAUUCCGAUUUUGUCAAAGACAGGUAGAGUUUGUGGGGUACGAACUUGAUUGGGAUAAUUAUAGACCUUCUAAUGAGCGUAUGAGUGCCAUUAAGAACUUCCCCAUGCCUGCAAGCCCAACUAUCACGGAUAUAAGAUAUUGGUUUGGACUUGUGAACCAAAUUGCACCUUUCGUGGCUGUAGCACCACCUAAAUUUUUUUUCAGGCGACCUGCAACCUCAUUCCUCUGGAUAAGUUCACCUUGGAAGUCAUUCAGACACAUCAUAUGGAAAAACUACAAGUGGUAUUGCAUCACAUUCAUCAUUUUCUUCCUGCUAUUCCUCUUCUUGUUCCUGUUUUUGUAUUCAUUACCAGGUGCCACGGUUGACUAUCUUGUUGGUGGGAACUAAGUUAAUUCAUCUGUGAUAAUAAGCGUUGCCUUUUAUCUGGUUUUACAAUACAUACAUAUAUUACUGUAAGUAUACAUCUGAUAUAGUGCAAUACGUAUAUGCGUUUGGAAAGGUGUAAUAAAUAUUUGAUAGGAUCUUCUGUAGGUAUAUACCAUUUCCAAAAAUAUUUUUCAUGUCCAAUAUUUAAAAGUACAUUCAUUUACAGUACUAACAUCACUGUGGUUAUACCGCUCUUUUAAAAUUUUCUAUUAGGAAAUUUGCUGUACAAGUAUUAAAUUUGAUAUAGUUUUACUUUUCUGAACUUUGCUUGUAUAUCACCUAUUGCAUUUGAGCUGAUUUUGCUACUUAAAUCUUUUUAAUUUUCUAAUGAAGUAAAAUAGAGAAUGUUCAGUUGCCAUCAUGUCUACACGAAUUAAAUACUUCUUUACAGUGACACUCCCAUUUGUUAAAACUAACAUUGCUCUUUUUGUAAAACAGUGUUGUGUUAAUUGUCAGAAAUCCGAUGCUUUGUAAGCACUAUUAAAAGUGUGUCUGUAGUUUUAAUUGGUUUUCAGAAUGUUUAAUAUGUGUUUAAGUGUUUAAUAAUAUUUUUAAUAGCAUUUUAUAUUACUGUAUAUAAUUUUUGUUUCAUGCUAAGUACGAUGGGAAAGAAUUGACUUAAUUAGUAUUCAAUUCACGAAGACCUUCAAUUUUUUUUUACGAAAAUUCUUCAUAAUAGAGGGGUCAAAUGGUUAGUGCUUUUUAGUUUAGUGCAUUUUUUCCCUUCACCUGUGAUAAAAAUAUUGUUGAACAAAGUUAAAUUGAACAUAUAGUCUAUUGUAAUUACAAUAUACAGUAUAUUUUAAUAGCAUUUUGUAUUUAACUAUCAUUCUUAAUUUUAUAAGAGUCAAGUUUUAUUGGUGCUAUCAAAUAAAGUUACAUGUACAUGAA